UAGAGUCCGCACACUGCGGCUGCGCUGGAUGCGGCUGGUCCCGAGGCCGCUGCUGCAGUUUGGGUUUUCGGUUCGGAAAGUCCGGUUUAGCUUUAUUUCAUUAUGUCUGUUAUAAAGAAGGGAGACUUAACCGACACUGAAAAAGAGCUACUGGAGGUUAUUUCUGCAGGAAAUGUACAGGAAGCUUCAAGAUUACUCGGCUCAAAAGAUGUCAGAGUCAACUGCCUGGAUGAAUAUGGCAUGACUCCUCUCAUGCAUGCUGCGUAUAAGGGCAAGGCAGACAUGUGUAAGCUACUACUGCAACAUGGUGCAGACGUCAACUGCAACGAACAUGAGCACGGCUACACUGCUCUCAUGUUCGCAGGAUUGUCAGGGAAGACCGAUAUCACCUGGAUGAUGUUAGACGCUGGAGCAGAGACGGAUGUGGUGAACUCGGUUGGCAGAACAGCAGCACAAAUGGCUGCUUUUGUAGGGCAGCAUGACUGUGUGACCAUUAUCAAUAACUUCUUCUCCCGGAAGAGACUCGACUAUUACACAAAACCACAGGGCUUAGAAAAAGAACCAAAACUGCCUCCGAAACUGGCUGGACCGUUGCACAAAAUUAUCAUGAGCACAAAUCUUAACCCUGUCAAGAUGGUGAUGCUGGUGAAGGAAAAUCCUCUACUCAUGGAUGCAGAGGCUCUUGAGAAGUGUCGUAAAGUGAUGGAGCUGAUCUGUGAGAAGUGUGUAAAGCAGCAGGACAUGAACGAGGUGCUGGCCAUGAAGAUGCACUACAUCAGUUGCGUUCUGCAGAAAUGUAGCUCCUUCCUGAAAGACCGGCAAGACAAGCUGGACGGCCUCAUCAAGAGUCUAUUGAAGGGACGUGACAGUGACUGUUUCCCGGUGUUCCAGGAAAAGUUUAUUCGCGAAUGCAUCCGGAAAUUUCCUUACUGUGACGCUACUCUACUCCAGCAGCUUGUCAGAAGUAUAGCUCCUGUGGAAAUAGGCAAUGACCCCACAGCUUUGUCUGUGCUCACCCAAGCCAUCACAGGGCAGGUGGGCUUCAUGGAUGCUGAGUUCUGCACCACCUGUGGGGAGAAGGGAGCAGAGAAGAGGUGCUCUAUCUGCAAAAUGGUUAUCUAUUGUAACCAAGAUUGCCAGAAAAUGCACUGGUUCACCCACAAGAAGAUCUGCAAAAAGCUCCAGGAGCAGAGGCAGAAGCACGAGGCUGAAUCAGCUAAGCGACUAGAGAAACAGGCCAAAGAAUCUGAGGAGAAGAAAGUGCUGGAAGAGAUGAGCAGCAGCAUGGAAAAUCUUUCUGUUGAGCAGAGUGAAGUUACCAGCACAUCAGAUGUUCAAAUAGAAACUGAGAGCACCGACCCUAUCCAGAUAACUUCAAACUGAGUCAUGCGGGUUGAACCGAGACGACACUGGCCCAAGUCAUUUCCCGUAAUCUCCGUCACGCCCUGCCUCAACCAGAACACACUGAUGUCCAUGUCAUCCAAAAUCUGGGGAUCUUCUGAAGGUUUCUGUCAGAGAAGGGAUUUUUGGAGAAUGAGCUCUGAUGGAAAAGCUAACAAAGCUUUCAGCACAUGCACCCAGGCUUUCCAUCAACAUCUGACACGUUUUACUGAACUGUUUGUUCUUUUUAUAGCUAGUGUUGUGUAUCAAAAUUAGAUUUUGGUGUGUGUGUGUGUGUAUUUACAACACUAGGUUUUAAGUUGAAACUUAUGUCGCUAUGUGAUCUUGCGUUCAGAGGAUAAAGAUAUUGAAGCCUCUGCCUUAACCCAUGCUGGUGUGUCUGGGGCGGAAAGUCAUUAUAUGGUGUACAGCAGAGUUAGGAACACCUCACUCUCGAGGUAAGAAUUUUUUUUUUUUUUUUUUAAUAAACACGGGUAGAGCUGUUUCACGUCAAGAUGCUGCGCUUGCAUGUCUGCUUUUUCAGGAACCUCAUAAGCAAUUAAGUCCAUUUGGAACAGAGUGACAUAUUUGAAUGUUAAAAUUAGUGUGCCAACUUCCCAUCACUAAGAUGCAGAGGAAACGGGUCACACGUUAACCCGGAAUAUUGAAUUAAAACUGCAUAUUUGCGUUUGCUACGUCUGAGACGAGGGGUAAAGGAAACCACAAUUAUCUGAAUUUGAUCGUAAGGAUUUUGGCUGCAGUUGAACUCUGCUCCUCUAAGCGGUGCUGCUGAGCUGGUCCUACACUGCUCCAGUCCAGAGUAGAGAACUGCAUGAUGGAUCUCUGCAGGGCCCUGUGCUCACAGAGGUCCUCGAUCUCAAACGGACAUCUGAAAAUACCAAACAAUACACGCUCCUGAUUAUUUUUUUCCACUUCUUAUUGACGAAUCCACCCUUAACAUGUGAUCUUCAAUGGCAGCCAAGACUUUGAGCUGUUUUUAAAAAUAAAAAUUUAAAAAAUC